AUGAAUUACUGGAUAGCGGCAACCGGUGCGCUAGCACUAGCAGCGGCCAUUACUGCACAAGGCACCACUUUGCUACACAAUCCCAAAGCUCAAGUAACGACCACAUGCGGGGCAAGUCAUUACAUGCGUCACUUAACGCGGCAAGCGGAGAGCGCAUUGGAGAGAGGACUAACAAACGCAAAAGGCGCUCUAGAAAAAUCAAACAAACUACGCGUUGUAGCAGCUUAUAAAACAGGCGGGGCGGCAACAGCAGCCAGCAUAUUAGCAGCCAACCUAGCUUCGGAAACUGCCAAGGCACUUGAAACGAUAAAAACCGAAACGUCCAAUUUUCUAGAAGGCUUCACGGCCGCGGCCGAGCUAGCAGGCCAGCAAACAAUCGUUUCAGAAAUUAAGUCAGCGCAAGUACAGGACGUCAAUACGCUAACGGCGGCUCAAGCCGUCACGACGCCCGGCAUAAUCCAAGUCAAACCGACCCUAGCACCAGCAGCAACAGCGGCGUGCUUUAAUGACGACGGGUCACCAGUAAGCGACGCAGAAGCAGCCCAACCCAAUCAGGGCGAGCCCACAUUAAAGUUUUUCGUCGUCAGUGCAAAUACCCCUGGCACAACGCACAACGAAUUGUUGACAAUUUGGGGACACGGCUCCACUGGGACGGCGCCAUCAACCGGAUGUCAAAACGAAGCAACCUUUAUCGGGAUCAAAGGCGGGGACUUCCUUAAAACAGCGGCCGUAACAACCACACGACUGGCUAGCUCAGCAGGCAAAACAUAUCCAGCAAUUACCAGCACAACAACGAUACCCAAUGACAAGACUUUAAACAAGGCGGUUACAGCAAUAAGAAAACUAGAAACGGCGGUAGAGGCAUUAGACGCCAUAUCAGAUGUCUCAAGCCCAGAAGACGUAGCGGCGCGACCGGAACUGAAGGAGGCCAUAGCCAAAGCUCUAGAUGGAGACAAAGCGACAUAUGCCAACUCUGCAACGAAAGCGAAAGUCGACUCGUUUAUGGCAGAAACAUUUGGCAAAGAGCCAACAAUAGUAAAAAACACCAUAGUCAAAGACCUCAAGGACCUAAAGCCCCCAAAAUCCGCAGUAGGUGGAAAUGGGGAAAAUAAGCUUGAGACAAUAAAUGACCCCAAAGAGCUCGCAAAUGCAGCAACCUAUUACACAGUCAAAAAAUUCGUCGACGAACAAGAACAAAAGAAGAAAAACCAAGCAAAUCGAUCAUGUCCCACAAAUACAGAUAAAACAACAGAACCAGCCAAAUCAGCAGACGAAUGCAAAAAGCAUACAACAGCCAAAGAUUGUAAAAAGGAAGCUGGUUGUGAUUUUGAUGAUAAAAAACCUGAGGGUGAAAGAUGCUUUCCAAAACCUGAAACUGAAAAGAAAGAUGACAAGUCAUUUUCUAGCAAUGUGAGAGUGUCUGUUCCUCACGUGUUUGCUGCAUUUGCUGCCUUGCUUUUUUAA